AUGCCCAAACAAAUCAAAGAAAUCAAAGACUUUUUACUGACGGCCCGUCGGAAGGACGCGAAGUCCGUGAAGAUCAAGAAGAAUAAGGACAACGUUAAGUUCAAAGUGAGGUGUUCGCGAUACCUGUUCACCCUGGUCAUUCAGGACAGGGAAAAGGCCGAGAAACUGAAACAAUCGCUUCCGCCCGGCCUUCAGGUCAAAGAGUUGAAGUAG